AUGGCGGCCGGCAGCCAGGAGGGGGAAAAAGGCGGCGCACGGCGGGAGCGCGCGGUGCGGAGCGGCCGGCGGGAGCGGCGUAUGGCGGCCGAGCAGGGACAAAACACCCCCGUCCUCGAUAACAGAAACAACGGCGACUUCAACAUCUGCCAGCUGGAUGCUCCAAUGUCCUCUCCAGAGGUCAACAUCUUCCACUUGGAUGUUCCAACCACCCCUCCACCACUCAACAUCUCCCAGCUGGAAGGUCCUACAGCUGACCGCACCAACCAGCCCUGGCCAGGACCACAACCCCAAGCUGAUGAGAUCUUGGCCUCCAGCCCACCCCAGCAGACCUGGGCUGGAAGAUCUCAGGUGCUGGUCUCCACCCUGGGCCACCUCCUGGGGCUGGGCACCAUCUGGCGCUUCCCCUACCUGUGCUACCGCAACGGAGGAGGAAUCUUCUUCGUCCCUUACCUCCUGCUGCUGCUCCUGGUGGGGUUGCCUCUGUUCCUGCUGGAGCUGAGCUUGGGACACUAUGGAGCUGCUGGUCCCAUCACGGUCUGGAAGCGUUGUCCUCUCCUGAAAGGCAUUGGUGUGGCUGCCCUCGUGGUGGCCUCCUUGGUGUCCCUCUACUCCAACGUCAUCGUGGCUUGGGCUCUCUACUACCUGGGCUCUUCCUUCCAGAGCCCUCUGCCCUGGGCCUGUGGUGCUCCAGGGGCCAUGGACAGCUGCCAGAACAACUCAGAGAGGACAGCAGGGCCCAGCCCCUCGGAGAUCUUCUGGAGCCAGGAGGUCCUGGGGCUGACUCCCAGCUCAGGCCUCGCAGCCCCUGGCCCUGUGCAGUGGCCUCUGGCCCUGUGCCUGCUGGUGGCCUGGGUCUUGGUCUUCUUCUGCCUGCUGAAGGGCAUCAGAACCUCAGGCAAGGUGCUUUACUUCACAGCCACCUUCCCCUACCUGUUCCUCCUCAUCCUCACCAUCCGAGCAGCCACCUUGGAGGGGUCUCUGGGUGGUGUCCACUUCUACCUCUCCUCAGACUGGAGCAGGCUGCAGAGGGCUCAGGUGUGGAGCGAUGCAGCCUCUCAGGUCUUCUACUCCUUGGGCAUUGGCUUUGGGGGGCUCCUCUCCAUGGACUCCUACAACCAGUUGGACCCCAACAUCAUCAGGGACACCUUGGCCAUCACCCUGGGGAGCUUCUGCAGCAGCUUCUUCUCAGGCUUUGCCAUCUUCUCAGGGCUGGGCCACAUGGCCUGGAGGAAGAAGGUCUCCGUGGGCAGCGUCCUUGACUCAGGUCCAGGGUUGGUGUUUGUGGUGUACCCUGAGGUCCUCUCCAUGCUGCCAGGCUCUCCAGUCUGGGCCAUCCUCUUCUUCUUGAUGUUCCUCAAGCUGGGAGUGGACAACUUGCUGAGGACUUUUGAUGUCAUCACCAGCUCCAUCCUGGAGCAGGUCCCAGCCCUGCGUGGCUGGAGGAGGAAGAUUCUGCUGCUGGCUGCUCUCUGCUCCUCCUUCUACCUCCUGGGGCUGCUGUUGGUCACCCAGGGUGGGAUCUUCUGGCUAACCUUGCUGGACACCUUCAGCACAGGCUUUGGGCUGCUCAUGGUCACCAUCUCCAUGUGCUUGGGAGUUGUCUUCUGCUAUGGUGUGACUGAGUUCUGCCGGGACAUCAGAGCCAUGCUCUGCAGAUGUCCUCCUUGGUGCAGCCACAUCUUGGCCUACUUCAGGCUCUGCUGGACCUUCCUCACCCCCUGCACACUGCUGUUCUCUCUGCUCUACAUCCUCCUGGACCUGCCCAGCCUGGCCCUGGGCCCUGGCAGCUCUGAGCAGCCAGCCUGGGCCAGCAGCCUGGGGCUCUGCAUCAACCUCCUCAGCUGCCUGCAGCUCCCCCUCUGGGCCACACUGGCCCUGGGCCAGCAGGCAGGGAGCCUGA